UCGCACGGUUUCGUAUCGCGCGCGCGUGUACGAAAUUUGAGUCGCGUUGUACUUGUACAUACAUACGGUACCGGCGCUUUAUCGGCCGAGGUUAUCUCUCUCUCUCUCUCUCUCUCUCUCUCUUCAUAGCGCGAGAAAGAGAGAGAGAGGGAUCGUGCGGUGCGAGUGCACGAGCAGCACGAGUGCACCGCUGAACCGCUCUCUCUGCCGUGCUGAGAACGUGCUGCUCGAACGUGAGCGAGAACCUCUCCUGGCCGCGUUAUUCUUAUAACUGUUCUUAAGACACAACUCUGGCAAGCGGGGCGCGCUCACCCUCGUGUAUAUGGCUUCAGUUGAGGAGCUGGAUCAGCAGGUCGACAGCGGCAUGGGCAGCAGCGACGCGCGCUCCCCCGAGGUGAAGUCGCUCCUCCCCGACGACGAGGACGAUGACGAGGAGGAUGAGAGCUUAACAGAAAGGUUAUUAGGACUUACUGAAAUGUUUCCCGAGCCGGUGCGCAACUUUGGAUACAAUGUUGGAACCUGCCUAUGCACAUGCAUCAAAGGUCUAUACGCGUAUUCGUGUUCGGCCACGUGGUUGGUCUUCAGUUCGUCCACCAUACUCUUCGCGCCGAUCAUCUUCGAGAUGGAGCGCGCACAGAUGGAAGACCUGCAGCGUACGCAGCAGAAGCAGGUCCUCUUAGGCCCUAACACAGCUCUGUCCGGCGUCAAUACCUCGGGUCUUCCAAUGGCACCACCCGUUCAGCGAUAGGCCGUUACGUCAUAAAUUUACACGUGCACGCAUACAAGGACACGUAUAGAAAUGCCCUGCCAAUCAACCAAAAAAAAAAACAAAAAAAAAGAAAUCACUCGAGUUUCCCCGCUCAAUUAUUUGCUAGCGUUACUUCGUACAUCACGAGAACUUUAAACAGAAACCGCGAACGGAGGAUUUCUAUCGGAGGGGAACUCGCGGGUGAAUCGCAUAAUCAUCCGUUUUAUUGAAUAUAACUCGCAGAGUCGUUGGAUUCGUGAAAAAAAAUUUGGAGUAAAUAUGAAUUCGGGAUUGCUCAAGGGAGAACAUUGAAUUCGCAGCAUUCGCCGGUCUAGUCCAUCCUCUGCGUUUACACAUUCUCACACAUAUACGUACACGUCAUUGUUCCUUCUGGUAAUUUUUACUGUGACAACCAGUACAUACUGUGGUAUCACGUGGCAUUUUAUCAUCGAACGCGUUGCAGAAGCGGCGGCGGUAGGCGGCUUUAUUCGAAAUGAAAACGACCCCCCCCGUCAUUCUGUUCGCUUCGUGAAUAAACGAUUGAGAGAAAAAAAAUUUAGCUUGCAAUUAUUUGUUAUUACUACAUUCGUUGCCGGGAACGCGGCUCGUUGUCGCGCCGCGGGUGUUAUUAUCUUUAUAUAUACGUCGCAUCUCUGUUACAUUGUAAUUUUCGAAAGAAACGAAUAAAAGACAUAGUGCAGUAGUGUCUUUAAUCCCGUCGUGUCGUGCCGACCUCUCGUGUAAUAUUUCUGUAAUGUAAAGUUAACAAAUAAACGCCUUGUAUACCAUCGA